AUGGCAAAGAAAAGGAAUAAGGGUAAGAAGCGUGCGACGAAAAGGCUAUAUGACGCAGCCCGCAAAGCGCAGAAGUUGGAUAUCAUCAGUGAAAAUGGAGAACCUGAUACCCGUGCUUAUCAACAAAAUGGUCGAGUCGAGCAAGAAAUGAAAGAAGAAAUUGCUUUCAAUCCCGACGAUGCUGAUAACGCGAAUGUCGAUGCCACCGCAAGUAUCAGUGAUGUUGAUUUGGAAAAAACCGUACGGACCUUACAAGUCCUGACUUCGACACCCCAGUCCAUCGAAAUGGUUCGGCAUUCCAAACGAUUCAAGGAACUCCGACGAUUCUUGCACCCAUUGGUCGUGCAACAGCUCAAGACCUAUGACAAGGGAAUUGAUUAUCGUCAUCGAACGACGGUCCAUUUGGCACAUCAAGAGUAUGGGGCCGCCUUGACAUCGCUCCAGGCAUGUGCUGAUUUGGAACAAAUUCCCAAGCAAGGAACUAUACAACGAUGGGUCCGAGAGGUGGAUUCUUGCGAAGAAGGCAAUCUGAAAAUAUCUCUCUUGAGUCGGAUAUUGACCAUGGGUAGCAAAAACCAGCAGGAUGAUUCAAAUUGUAAGACCCACAAUAUGAUUCACCCAGCACAAGAUUUAGAAGACGACUACGAAGGAAUGAAUAAGCACGAUCCAAAGCUCGCCUUGUUACAAGCUCAGCAGGCGCAAAAUCAACAACCGACUCAGAGCAAGCAUCAGUCAGACUCGACCUUGGCAGAACCCACUGGCAUUGACUCCUGCGAGUGGAUGAUUCCAGAUUCGUUGCAGAAUCUUCUUUUUGAAAGAGUGAAGAGCCUGCUGCCCAGAACCAAUAUUGAAUUGCAGUCUCGAAUGGGCGAAGAGUCUGAGGUAGCAAAACGAAAACCGUGCUUUGAGUUGAACUCGAUCAACAAAAGAUGGAGAUUCUUUCGGUACGGACAAGGGUGUGUCUAUCGACCGCACAUUGAUGGGUCUUGGCCGGAGAGCAAGUUGGUACCCCGCAACAAAGACGACGAGGAAAAUAGCACUGACCAUGAUGAUACUAUCAAUGAUAGUGAAGGGCAACAGUUCUGCCAGCGAUACAAAUAUGACACUGAUGCCUCGGGAGAGACAAGGAGCUUUCUGACUUUCUUGAUUUAUCUCAACGAUGGUUUCGAAGGGGGGGCGACCCGUUUCUAUCGGCCGAGCAAUGGAAGUACUGGUGAAAUGGUAGCACAAGGAGUUGAACCAAAAAAGGGUUGCGUUCUCGUAUUCCCUCAGGGAAAUACAGCCUCGCUUCUGCACGAAGGAUCAGCAGUCACCAAGGGAACAAAGUAUGUGGUUCGAACCGAUGUAUUGUAUCGCAGAAAAUCAACGAAUCAUUAG